AUGCCAAGUACCAGCUUCCCGGCCGCUUCCAAGUUUCCGCUCGGGCCUCCGGCCUCCGCGGGCUGCGCGCGCGCCGAAACUUCGGGGCCCGCCCGCGGCACCAUGAAGUCGGCGGAGGAAGACCACUACAGCUGUACCUCCGGCCUGGGCUCUGCGCUGCCCCUGCCUCCCGUGCUCACCUCGAUGCCCACCCAGUGCCAUGAGCUGCAGCCAUCUGGCCAUGCCAUGGGUUAUGGGGUGGCUGUGGACAGCGGGGCGGCUGGCUACUUCCUGCCCAACAGUGGUGGAAUCCGGCCCAACGGCGCUCCGGCCCUGGAGAGUCCCCGGAUCGAGAUCACCCCAUACCUGGGGCUGCAUCCACACAGCCAGUUCCUGCAGGACGUGGAGACUGAGGACGUGCUGCCCAAUGCCCGGCGCUCCCCAGCCACAGCCACCCUGCACCUGCCCCAGCUGGACACUUACCGGGACCCGUCGUGCCUGAGCCCAGCCAGCAGCGUGUCCUCCCGCAGCUGCAACUCCGAGGCAUCAUCCUACGAGUCCGGCUGCUCCUACACCUAUGCCUCCCCCCAGACGUCCCCCUGGCAGUCACCCUGUGUGUCCCCCAAGACCACAGAGCCUGAGGAUGGCUUCCCCCGUGGCCUGGGCGCCUGCAGUCUGCUGGGCUCCCCACGCCACUCACCCUGCCCGUCACCUCGCGCUAGCGUCACCGAAGAGAGCUGGCUGGGCCCCCGUGGCUCACAACCCCCAUCCCCCUGCCCCAAGAGGCGGCUGGGCCUGGACGGCCGCCCACUGCCCUCCCCACAGGCCUCGCCCACACCGACCCCACAAGGCUCCCCUCGAGUCAGCGUCACAGACGAUGCAUGGCUGGGCAGCGCCACGCAGUUCACCAGCUCAGCCAUUGUGGCAGCCAUCAACGCCCUGAGCACUGACUCGAUGGACCUAGGCGAGGGCGUCCCAGUCAAGGCCCGCCGCACCUUGGAGCCUUCCGGCCCUGUGGCCAUGAAGGUGGAGCCGGCGGCUGAGGACCCAGCCUCUCCACCUGCGCUGGACUUCGUGCCCGAGGAGUUUCCCACCUUCCAGCACCUACGCAAGGGCACCUUCUGCGACCAGUAUCUGGCAGUGCCGCAGCCACCCUACCCCUGGGCCAGGCCCCGGUCCCCGGCGGGCUAUGCCAGCCCGGCUCUGCCCGCCCUGGACUGGCAGCUGCCUGCCCACUCGGGGCCCUACGAGCUUCGCAUCGAGGUCCAGCCCAAGUCCCACCACCGGGCCCACUACGAGACCGAGGGCAGCCGCGGGGCUGUGAAGGCCACGGCUGGGGGACACCCCAGUGUGCAGCUUCACGGCUACAUGGAGAAGGACCCGCUGACACUGCAGCUCUUCAUCGGCACUGCAGACGAGCGGCUGCUGCGGCCUCAUGCCUUCUACCAGGUGCACCGCAUCACAGGGAAAACGGUAUCUACCACGAGCCACGAGGCCCUGAUGUCCAACACCAAGGUCCUAGAGAUCCCGCUGCUGCCAGAGAACCACAUGCGUGCCAUCAUUGACUGCGCUGGGAUCCUGAAGCUGCGGAACUCGGACAUCGAGCUGCGCAAGGGGGAGACAGACAUCGGCCGCAAGAACACGCGAGUGCGCCUGGUGUUCCGAGUGCACAUCCCGCAGCCCGGCGGCCGCACGCUGUCCCUGCAGGUGGCUUCGAACCCCAUCGAGUGCUCUCAACGCUCAGCCCAGGAGCUGCCCCUGGUGGAGAAGCAGAGCACGGCCAGCUGCCCUGCGCAGGGCGGGAAGAGGAUGGUGCUGUCAGGACACAACUUCCUGCAGGACUCCAAGGUGGUGUUCGUGGAGAAGGCGCCAGAUGGGCACCAUGUGUGGGAGAUGGAUGCCAAGACUGACCGGGACCUGUGCAAGGGGAACUCACUGGUCCUGGAGGUCCCGCCAUUCCGCAACCCUCGGAUCAGCAGCCCGGUGCAGGUCAGCUUCUACGUGUGCAACGGGAAGAGGAAGCGCAGCCAGCACCAGCCCUUCACCUACCUCCCGGCUCACGUGCCCUCCAUCAAAACAGAGCCCACCGAUGACUACGAGCCCAGUCUGACCUGCGGGCCAGUGAGCCAAGGCCUGAGCCCACAAAUGACCCUGCCUGAGCCACCCUCCUGCCUGGUGGCCGGAUUUCCCACCCUGAUGUCCCCACCGCCCAGCGCCAGCCCAAAGCUCCAUCCUCUGCCCUGGGCCUCCUUCAAGGGCUCAGCAGGGCUUGGCCCCUGCCAGCUGGGCAGCCCUCCACCCACCGCUCCCCAGCUGCACCCUGGAUCCCUACAGCCCCAGUGAACGAGGUCAUCCGCAAGGACCUGUCCGGAGCCACGGUCCUCUCCUAGUGGGCAGCAUACAGAGACUCCUGGCUGCAGAGACUGCACACCAUGCCCGAGAGGAAUAUCCUUGCUCGGAGAAGGGGGUCGGUGGCAGGAGGCCAUGCACCGUCAGAGGGAUGACAAUGUGGCCACCUGGCCCAGCUACACCCCCCAGCCUGGCCUUCAGUCCGAAGUGCCUUCCCCACUGACCGCAGCUUCUGGGCUCCCUGAACCUGAUGCCCAGUUUGUCACCAUGAGAGUAUUUUGCAGGAACAAACGAUGCCAUCGUGCAGCUCUCUUACGAGGACAGGCUGGCAGCAGCGAGGGGCCUCUGUGCCCCACUGUGACCUUAUCCAGUGUGCUCAGAGGUGGGCCUUUGUGCGGGAUUUUCUGCCACCACGCCCUGGGCUGUGGCUACCUGCACAAGACUGUGCCAGACCCAGGGGUGUGUGGGGCGCUAGCUGUGUGCCUGGUACAGAGCCAGCCGCAAUUGCAUGUGUGUACAUAGGCCUGUAUUUAUGUGUAAAUACGGGGCAACGGGAGCCCAAGGAACUGCUCUCUAACUGGAAGGUGCAGCAGAUGCUUCACCCAGCUGCCUACUGCCCAGCAAGCUGCUGGGUCAAGUCCCACAGCCCCAGCAAGCCAAAGGCACAUGCCACAUCCCGGGGCAGGGGCAGAGCAACUGAGGGUGGAACAGACCAUGGGCUGCACGAUGCUUCCUUCACAGAAGCCUUAGAAGCAAGCGCUCGUCUGAGAUACCAUCACCCGACAGAGUUGUAGGCCUUGGCAUACAUACCUGGGAGUCCCCUUAAUAGUAGGCUAGUGCUCCUACCAUGGCUUUUAGUCCAGUGAGCAGCUUUUCGGACCUUAU